AGUAGGCGACUGAGCUUGAAAGCACUUACCGUUAAACCAGAGCGCUUUGUCCGCGACAGGACGGCCAUCUUUCUGCUGAAGGAGACGGACGGGAAAAGAAAAUCCAUCUCACCGGGAGCAUGGCUGCGCACGGCAACCAGUACAUCUUCGGGGAGUUCAGCCCGGACGAGUUCAAGCAGUUCUUUGUGACGCCUCGCUGUUUUGUUGAGCUUCCCCCCUUCAAUGAGAGAGCCUCCUGUGUCAGUCAUAACUCAGCGUUUUGUGAGAAGUCCGUCCUUCAUACCUGGACUGUAAUCGAUAAGAAUAAACGUUCAUGUUUUUUGUUCAUGUGUGAUUUUGAACCUGUUCCUGCACCACAAAAUAAAAAAAAAAAAUCAAUAAAAUCGAGCAGUACUGAUAUAUUGACCCUGAUUUGUAUUAAUUAUUCAGGAGGUUACUGCACUGUUGAUGUGCCGUACAUUACGGAAUCAAUGAGACGGCAGGUCUGCGGAGAGGACUACCAACACAUCGAGUUCGGCGUGGAUGAGGUGAUGAGUUCGGAGCCUGUGGUGGUGAAAGACUCCUUGUACAAAGUGUCCAGCACUCUGAACCCUCAGGCUCCCGAGUUCAUCCUGGGCUGCCAGCCGGCUCAGAAACCUCUUCCCACGGCCGCCCCGGUCUCCUGCGUCUCGCCUGGGGCCGAUUUUAACUCUGUGGACUGCGCCGACUCCGAGCCCUCGGCCCUGGACGGCCAGCAGGCCUGCUCCGACGUGGAUGGCGUCUCCAGCGGCCUGGGCCAGCGAGAGCGCAAGAAAAAGAAAAAACGACCUCCGGGAUACUACAACUACCUGGAGGGUUGUGAGAGCGGCGGUGUGGCGGCGGACGGUGUGACCGGCACGGGGCUGGUGAACGGACACGGCCUCGGCACUCCGGCCCUGGGAUCCGAGGACACUGGCACCGAUCUGAUCCCUUCCACACAUUCUUCCACAUCAUCCACAGUUCCGCCUGGCCCUCCUACCAAUCAGAGGACUUGUGAUAGCCCUGAUGAAUCCUCUGUGGACUUGACGAGCGGAACCGCCUCUUUGUUGGACGGUAAUGCUGCGGCUUCCUCGUCCUCCUCUUCCUCCUCCUCUUCCUCUUCUUCUUCUUCCUCCUCCUCUUCCUCUUCCUCCCAGAGUGGUGGCCAUGCUGAAGGGGCCAGGACUGCAGAGCCGCACUCAGAACCCCCCGCUCUAGAGAGCCCUGAACUGCAGGGCAGUGACGGGAACGUCCCUUGCCCGACCUCCUCACCUUCUCCUCCGCCUUCUGCUGCUGUGCUCACCGCAGAUCUUGCUACUACUGACGAGGACGGGCGCCAGGCUAACGGGACGCCGGAGCAGUCGCCUGCCACCAGACUCGACAAUUCCGAUCCUCAGGCAAGCGCUGCUCCGGUCCCGUCUCCCACGGACUCAGGGGUCCAAGCACCUUCGCUUUCUCCUCUCUCUCCUGCCACGGCGCCUGUCCCCAACACCCCCAAAUCCUGGGCUAGUCUCUUCCACAACUCCAAGCCUUUGCCUGGAGGCCCUCAGGCGUACGUCGAGGUGAAGGCCACAGCUGUCGCAGUGCCUGCGACUCCCACUGCUGCCGCCGAGCAGCCCGAGAAACCAUGCGACGUCCAGGAGGGCCCAGUUCCCGUCUCUGAAGACCCCAUGGCACCGAAACUGGCAGAACUUAUCGACAAUGUGAAACUGAUCCACAAGCCCGUGUCUCUGCAACCCAGAGGACUGAUCAACAAGGGGAACUGGUGCUACAUCAACGCCACCCUGCAGGCGCUGAUCGCGUGCCCGCCCAUGUACCACCUGAUGAAGUCGAUUCCCAUCUUCAGCGACACGCAAAGACCCUGCACCUCCACGCCCAUGAUGGACAACUUUGUUCGGCUCGUCAACGAGUUCAGCAACAUGCCCGUUCCCUCGAAGGCCAAACAGCAAGCUGCAGGAGAGAAGGUGAUCAAAGAUAUCAGACCAGGUGUUCCCUUCGAGCCUACGUAUAUCUACAAACUCCUCAUGCUGAUUAAAUGCAGCCUCUCGGAGAAGGGUCGUCAGGAGGACGCCGAGGAGUAUCUGGGCUUCACGCUGAACGGACUGCACGAGGAGAUGCUGGCACUCAAGAAGCUCAUCUCUCCACCGGACGAGAAAGCGUCCACACCGAACGGGCCGGGUUCCCACGUGGGCGCCGAGGAACCCACGAACAAGGGGGAGGACGAGGAAGAGGAGGGCAGCGAGGACGAGUGGGAGCAGGUUGGACCCAGGAACAAAACCUCCAUCACCCGGCAAGCAGAUUUCAUCCGCACCCCCAUCACCGACAUAUUCGGAGGACACAUCAGAUCGGUGGUGUACCAGCAGAGCUCGAAAGAGUCGGCUACGCUCCAGCCGUUCUUCACCCUGCAGCUGGACAUCCAGUCUGAGAAGAUCCGCACGGUUCAGGAGGCGCUGGAGACCAUGGUGGCUCGCGAGUCUGUCCAGGGCUACACCACUAAAACCAAGCAGGAGAUCGAGAUCAGCCGAAGAGUGACUCUGGAGGAACUUCCUCCUGUGCUCGUGCUCCACCUCAAGAGGUUUGUCUUUGAGAAGACCGGCGGCUGUCAGAAACUGGUCAAGAACAUCGAUUACCCCGUGGACCUGGAGAUUAGCAAAGAUCUCCUCUCACCGGGCGUGCGGAGCAAAACUAUGAAAGGCCAAAGAACCUACAGGCUCUUUGCAGUCGUCUAUCACCACGGGAACAGCGCCACGGGCGGCCAUUACACUACGGACGUCUUCCACAUCGGGCUGAACGGCUGGCUGCGCAUCGACGACCAGGUGGUGAAGGUCAUCAACCAGUACCACGUGGUGAAGCAGACUGCAGAGCGCACCGCUUACCUGCUUUACUACCGCCGUGUCGACCUGCUGUAGAAACACACACACACACACACACACACACCCCCACACACACACACAGAGCGCUCAUACAUACGCACACACUUUCUAACACAACACAUACUCACACACCUCAACAGGAACACUGCCCAACUUCUUCGCAUGUGAGUUUCCUCCUUCAUCAUCCCUCGCUUUUACACACACACACACACACACACACACACACACACACACACACACACAGCCGGCUUUUCCACAUUUUUGUCAUCAUUUCGGAGGAAGAGGGGAAAAUUCUGGUAUCAAAUCUGGUAUCUAAAGACUUCCAUGAGGUGGCGCUCCCUCCCACGCGUGUGGAGACGUUUAGAGAUGGACAUUGCGGAGUGAAGGACACGACGGACCGAGACGCUUUAAUCCCCACGGCCUCGUUCGAGACGGAACCCGAGGGACUGCGCGAUAUUAUAUAUAUCUAUUUUUUUUCUUUGUUUAAUCUACUUUUUUUUUUUUUUUAAUGGCAUAGUCCGAGAGCAAACAAUUGAAGUGUUUUGCCUUUUCUCGAAGGGGUUCGACGGAUGUUCUGCCGGAUGAAAUCGUCGACUUUUUUUGAUGCCCCGCACCAGCAAACUUUAAAACCGCGUCGAAGGCGCAGAACACGAGUUUCCUUCCGAAUCCCAACGACGCAAGACGCUCUGGUCUGGUCUGGUCUACCGCUGCCACCUCUUUUUCUCCUCCUCCUCUACUCUCUCGUCUGUUCUUCACGAUCUCGACACUCAGGCCUAGCUGAGGGGAAACAAAAACACUGGAGCCAUCGGAUUAUACGGAGACGUCGGACUCGGGAGCGGGGGAGCUGUGGAGCUGCAGCGGGAGACAUGAAAUAAAUCGAAAUGCUUUUUUUUUUUUUUCUUUUUUUUUGGCUUUGCGAGAACCUUGGGUGUGGUUUCUGGGUGUAGAUUUAGACUGAUUUAACAAUUUUAACGCGCUUUAGGACAUAAUGUUGAUUUACAAGGAUAAGAAGCUAUUGUGCACGUAAAACCCUUUUGAAAUUUGAUCAAUAAAAGUGAAAGAUCGAAACGCGCGGCCGAAUAUAUGCACAUUUUUCACCGAGAGAUCGGACGCCUGGGGAAAGUGCGCGCGAUGGUGAACGAUGUUACAUAUUUUUUUUGUUUGUUUGUUUGUGUCCCCCCCCCCCCCCUUUUCUCCACCAUCGACCCAUGUUUCGGUCCUGUUUUGGUUUUUAAUCGUACAACAUUUAAGGGGUGUGUCCAGGGGGCGUGUCUCACUUUGGCUCAGCCAGUCCUGGGCCUUUAUUUAGAGGAGGACGCUGCCGUUACUCCACGUCCCUGCGUUCGGCAGCCUCGGCCUCUUGGUGUACUGUAUGCUUUUUGGCGACGGUUUUCGAUAUCAGAGUCGUGUGAUCUUUUCAGUGAACAGCUGGGAAUCCUGCAUGGCUAUACGAGCUAAUAAACCCCUAACACACACACACACACACACACACACACACAAUCAUGUUCGCUUUUGUUUCAUCGACCAUUCAUCAAGCUUAUACACUGAUUGAUUUGUAUUAAUUUUUUUUAAACAAUCCCCCCCCGUUAUCCCUUAAUUUAGUUUUGAUUUUUUUUUUGUUUUUAUUUGAUUUUUCAUCUGAAUUGAUUUCAAUUGAAAAAGAAAUUUGACCCGACAUUAAGCACAAUAACCAAUAAAGUUGUACAAGUUCUACAGUGGAUCAUAUACGUUUUAUUAUUAUUUUUUUUUUAACAAUAACACAAACGGGAGCUGCACACCAGGACAGAAAAGAAAUGUAAGAUUGUUUGUUUGUUUGUUUGUUUUUGUUUGUUUGUUUCCUCUUUCCAAAUGUUUUGGCUUUUGAAAUGAUCUCAUACGUUUAUAAGUGUGUAUAAAUGUCACAACUCUUCUGCCAGCUGAUGCAAAAAAAAAAAAAAAACAAAAGAAAAAAAUCUUUAAUGCUAUCUAAGUAAUCGCUGUUAGCUGAGAUUCUGGUGAAUUUACACGCCAGCUUUUCUGGAAGUUUCUGAGCCUCUGCGAGAAUACCCAACAUCGCCAUACGUUUGAACAGAAGUAUAAAUCCGUGCUAAUCAGGGGUGGGCAAAUCCUGAGUUCUCCUUCUUUACUAUUGGUUGCCUGGACGCCUUAUGAUGAAGAUACUAUUUAGCCUGAUAUGUAGUGAAGUAGUACGCUAGCUGUGCGAGUUAAUAUAGUCUAAGAGCGAAACGGAAAUAUGAUUUCACGAUGCCGUGUUUUUGACCCGACGGACGACGUUUUGUCCGCACCGUCCACGUGUAAAAUCUGUUCUCCGAGUCUGCCUAGCGUCUUUCAGUUUCUGCUAGGGCUGGGCGAUAUGACCCAAAUAUCACAUCACAUCACGAUACGUGAAGACAUUCCUACAAUACAAGACGAGCAUCACGAGAUAGAAUUUAGCUACCGAACUGUCGGCAAAACGGUAAUAAAAUAAACAAAUAGUACUUUUUUUUUUAAAAAUAGGCGCAGCGGUAUCCGUUCAGUAUGGUUCAAUUUGUGAUUAUUGAAAAUAAAUAAAUAAAUCGCCAUACCAAUGAUGUCUCAGAAAAGCGUAUGGAGAUAUCGCCAGGUCUAGUCUCUACCGAUGUGUUUACCACCGAGGCGACUGCGUGUAGCGAGGUUUCGUCAGUCUUUCUUUAAAAAAAAAAAACCCAAAACAAAUCAAUAAAUAAAGUGUUCAUUCGUUUGACUCGAUAUAAAUAACCAGUCCGGUUUGAAUUAAAGCGCACGCUUGUAUCACGUUACUGUCGGUUAAAUUUACGCUUUGUUUAUACACAAAGCCCCGAAAAUCCACCGCGGUAAUUCUUCACGAUCGACGCCGUGGAUCGUUGCAGCGCUGACGGUCCCACAGAGGGCUGGGCGAUGUGACGCUGCUAUCACAUCAGCGUACUCCAGGACGUUUCUGUGGUGCGCGAUGUGCAUCACGAUGUGUAAUUUAGCUAACAAAACGGUAAUACGAUGAACUAAAAAACGUUCAACUGAGUGACGAUACUUUUCCUUAACUCCUACAAAGACAGAAAUAUUUUUUUCCGUCAAAUCGACGGCAUCCGUUCAGCACCGUUUCAUUUGUGCAUAACUAUACCAAAGGUAUUUCAGAAAAGUAUCGCUCAGUCAUUUAUCACGAUGUCGAUAUAUCGCCCAGCCCUUCUUCCACAUACCUGCGUGGUCCUGAUUUUGGGGAAGAAAAACAAAUCCAGACGUUCUUCAACCAGCUCGCUCUUUGACCCGUGUGUGUGUGUGUGCACGCGUGCGAGUGUGUGUGUGUGUAGUGCAGCGCAGCAGGUGGUGGGAUUCAGAUGGUGCGAGUAUAACGAUCCUCGCGCAUGUAUGUAAACAUGGCUACAUAUCAAAUGGAAAACGUUAUUUAUUUUUUUAUUUUGCGAAAGCCAGAAUCGCUCAAACUCCGCCCCCUGCUGGUGAUUUGUCCAUCCCUGAGCCAAACACAGCGUCUCACAACUGUGAGAGUUUUCUCCAUCUCGUAUGCUUGAACAUCUUCGUCAUCUCUCACGAUCACCACUAAAGCCGUCGUUUUAUUAAAUAACGACACGCACACACACACACGCACACGCAGCUGUUCAAUAAAACUGAAGUUUCCCAGAGCAGCUCUGCUUUUUCGAGUUCACACACCGUUUAUAUACCACUCUUCUUCUCUGCAGCAUCUCGUCAGAACGAUUCGAAAUAUUCUCAUUUCCCGAGACGGCGUGAAUUCGGCGCGAGUACGUCCGAGUUUUAAUUUUUAAAUUUUUUUUAUUUUUUUAAACCUUUUCUUGUCGUCCGUUUUCAUUCCGACGAUGUACGGAAAGACGAGCGUUUCCCGAUAACGAAAACCAGCGUACGCAGAACCCGUACGCACGCGUCUCACGAGCGCUGCGAGAAACUUCCGCACGGAGUUCGGUCAGCGUUCCUGAUUUCAGUCGUCCCUCGUUUGAAGAGGAGAUUUAUCAUUAUAUUAUAAUAAUAAUAAUAAUAAUAAUAAUAAAGCAAAUCAGAGCUAAUCCUCGUAAAUGUUGGUUCAGACGUCCUGAUGAUUUUGUUUGUUACUGUCGCACUGUCAGUAUUUGUUGCUUUUCUAUUAUUUUGGAAAAUAGAAAAAAAAAAACUUUUUUUUUUUCUUUUUUUUUUUUUUUUCUCUUUUUUUUUAACCACACUCAUCCAAACGCUUUAUGUUGAACAUUUUCCUCUUUCUUCUUCACUCGGUAUAAAUGUCAGAGAAAUGUCCUGACGUUUAUAUAAAAAAAAAAAAAAAAAAAUUAAGCGAAAGCUUCUCUGUUUGGUUUGUGCUUCCUAACAGAAUACAGCGUAUUUGUCUCUCACCUCAGCUUUUUUUUUGUUUUUGUUUUUUUUUGUUUGUUAAAUUUUCAAAUAAAGAAAACUGUGACAAAGCUGUUUCGACUGUAGUUUAGUACUAGGUCUGAGUUCAUCAUCAUCGUAAUAAUAGAAACCGAAAAGGCUACUUGUAUUUGAAAAAUGCGGCCUUUCCCUCUCGGCUCUGGGCCUCCUGUGGGGAGGAAUGUGCACUGUAACCGGAAAGCAAACAUGAAAUAAAGGAGGAAGCAAUCUU